AUUAGCAGAGAGAUAGAGAAAAUGGACUCAGGGGAACUAUCCCACAUGGAAAAUGGAGACUCCAAGGGAAAGGAAGUAAUUAACGGAAAGACAGCACACACCAUGUCAUCCUCCAUUCUAAGGAAGAAAUCUGAUCCAAUGCUCAUUUCGAGUGUUAGGUUUCAGGUGCUCAGACACUUCUUGGAGAACUUGCAAGAGGUGAUCCUUGGAACCAAGCUCGCUGUGCUCUUCCCUGCCAUCCCUCUUGCCAUGGCUGCAGACUUCUACAAGUAUGGAAGGCCAUGGAUAUUUGCUUUGAGUUUACUUGGACUUACGCCUCUUGCUGAGCGUGUCAGCUUCCUAACUGAGCAAAUUGCAUACUACACUGGUCCAACAGUGGGAGGACUGCUUAAUGCAACAUGUGGGAAUGCAACGGAGCUGAUAAUAGCAUUAUUUGCACUUUACCAACGCAAAAUACAUGUCCUCAAGUACUCCCUAUUGGGUUCCAUCAUCUCAAAUCUCCUCCUUGUUCUUGGGUCCUCUCUCCUCUGUGGGGGUUUGGCCAACCUCAAAAAAGAGCAAAGAUAUGAUAGAAAGCAAGCAGACGUGAACUCACUGUUGCUGUUGCUGGGAUUGCUGUGCCACAUGCUGCCAUUGUUGUUUAGAUAUGCUGCUGGGGGGACAGGCAUUUUCACUGGUGCCUCUAUUCUUCUGCUAUCUAGGGCAAGCAGCAUUCUCAUGCUCGUUGCAUAUUUUGGAUACAUCUUUUUCCAGCUAAAAACUCACAGAAAAUUAUUUGAAUCCGAUCAAGAGGAAGAUGAGGAAGAUGAAAAGGCAGUAAUAGGAUUUUGGAGUGCAUUUAGCUGGCUGGUUGGAAUGACACUGAUCAUAGCUUUGCUGUCUGAGUAUGUAGUGGGAACAAUUGAGGCUGCAUCUGAUUCUUGGGGCAUUUCAGUUAGCUUCAUCAGCAUCAUUUUGCUUCCAAUUGUGGGCAAUGCAGCAGAGCAUGCUGGAUCAAUCAUCUUUGCUUUAAAGGACAAAUUGGACAUAUCUCUGGGUGUUGCACUGGGCUCUGCCACUCAAAUCUCCAUGUUUGCUGUACCUUUAUGUGUGGUGGUUGGUUGGACAAUGAGAAUCCACAUGGAUCUUGAUUUCAGUCUCCUUGAAACGGGUUGUCUCGCUCUCUCCAUUCUCCUUGUAGCCUUUACUUUACAGGAUGGAACUUCACAUUACAUGAAAGGAGUGGUUCUCUGUCUCUGCUACGUUGCCAUUGCCGCGUGCUUCUUCGUUGACAAAAUCCCAAUGGAGGGAGACAGAGUAUCUAAGGGAGAGCUAAUGGCAGCUGCCAGAGAAUCCAACAAAGGAACUGAAGCUGUUUGUGAAAAUGUUGCAAUCAUCUUUGGGGUCACCGGCCUUGUUGGAAGGGAGCUAGCCAAAAGGCUGGUUUCAAAGCCCAAGUGGAAGGUAUAUGGUGUAGCUAGAAACCCUGAAACUUUCCCAAUCCAAAGUCCUAAAUACCAUUUCAUAUCCUGUGACCUGUUAAAUUCCCCGGAAACCUUACAGAAACUCUCCAGUUUACAUGAUGUCACUCAUGGAUUCUGGGUUACUUGGGCUAACCAGCAUCCUCUGGAUAGUCCAGAGUGUUGUGAGCAGAACAGGGCAAUGCUUUCCAACUCCCUGAAUGCCAUCCUCCCUGCAUCCAAGGCAUUGAAGCAUUUUUCGCUUCAAACAGGUAUGAGCCAUUAUGCAGCAUUUGAAGGAGAAAAGAACGUUGGUUUCUUUGACGAAGAAAGCCCGAGGAUGAGUACGGGAUGCAACUUCUACUACGUGUUGGAGGACUUGCUGAGUGAGACGCUAGAUGGUAAGGUUGGUUGGUCUGUUCAUAGACCUGGCGUAAUUCUGGGUAGUUCUCACAGGACUCAGUUUAACUUCAUUGGGAGUUUAUGCGUAUAUGGUGCUAUUUGUAAGCAUUUGAAUUUUCCCUUUGUUUUUGGUGGGACAAGAGAGUCUUGGGAGGAAAGUUACAUCGAUGGCUCCGACGCUCGGCUGGUAGCAGAACAACACAUUUGGGCAGCCACAAAUGAGGAAAUCUCUUCAAGUUAUGGUCAACCGUUUAACUCGAUCAACGGAAGGAGUUUUACAUGGAAGGAGAUGUGGGCAAGUCUUGGACGGAAGUUUGGGGUGGAGGUUCCUGAAGAGAUGUUUAAGGAGGACUUCUCGUUCACAAAAGCUCUAGGAGACAAGCAGAAGGUAUGGGAAGAGAUUGUGGGGAAGGAAGGACUCGUUCCGACCAAGAUGGAAGAUUUGGCGAAUUGGGAAUUCUUGGAUAUAUUGUUUAGAUACCCUGCAAAGCUGCUGGGGAGCAGGGAAAAAACAGAUCGGCUUGGCUUUACAAUGAGAUAUAAGACCCUGGAUUCAAUCUUGUAUUGGAUUGAUUUGAUGAGAGAUGAAAAGUUCAUCCCUUAGAAUUCCUCAGUUUAUAAGCUCUUUGUUAAUUGUUCCAAAGAGCUUGUCUUGACCACUCUGGGAAAAUAAAUAGCAGUACUCAUA